UACCAAAAGAAAACAAACCAAAAACAACUCUGAGAGGUUGCCAGCACCCCCGAAAGCAUUUCCGCACAAAAAGAGUUAAUGGGCAGACGGCUGGCUCAACUAAACAGUCAGCGACCAUUUGCAAGCCUCCUAGGUAUAUUCCCAGCAGACACAUUAUCAGAUUAAAGGAACUGCAAACAAACUGGGCUGAAACCUUUCUUUGUCCAAACCCAGCCUCUUCUUCCUGUGAUGUCAUAUUACAAAUCUAGCAAGCCUUUCUUUUUCACUUCAGAGAAAGCCCGUCUCACAAUACAGCUGGCAACUAAGGAAAAGGCCUCAAUUCAGCAAGAGCUAACAUGCUUAGGAAUUUAUUUCGGAAACUUUAAAAGACUCUUCUGCUUACCACCAUCUGGGAUCCACUGCAAGAAAACCGAAUUGGAAAACUUCAUUUAAAAGGAGCAAAAAUUAAAAGAGGACAAAUUGGGAAUGUUUAAGUCUCUGAAACCCUGCACUGAAAAGCAAAAUAAGAUUGAUAAGUCCAACUUAAACAUUCUGGAGGAGCAUUAAAUAAUUUAACUUUGGAAUAUUCAUCUUGACUACCGAAACACAAGUUUACAAGAAGAGUUGUUUUACUCCUGCCACGGGAACGCAGCUUUUCUUUAAAUUUAUAAUCCUAUGGGUUGGCUUCAUUGACUGCAUUUUUUAAAGGUUGCUCAUCGGUUAACUAAACCCUGGAUUCAUGGAUAUUCUGGAGACUACAAAAUGAGAAUAGUUUCCUUUUGAAGAACCAAGUGGAAACUUUACAACAACAAAUUUUUCCUUUGGAGAUUCUUGAGAAAAAGGAAAUAUUCAUAAAACCACUCAAAGAUUCAAAAUUUGCAAAUAAAUUGGAGGCUACUGUGGUCACAGUGUGAAUACCAAAGAAGACUAGCUGACAAAAGGAUUUCCACUGAAAACUGGACGUGCCUUUAUGAUGGUAAGCAGUACCAGCACCCAAUGCCACUAUGAUGACUCCUUUAAAUACACUUUGUAUGGGUGCAUGUUCAGCAUGGUGUUUGUGCUUGGGUUAAUAUCCAAUUGUGUUGCCAUAUACAUUUUUAUCUGCACCCUCAAAGUGCGAAAUGAAACUACAACGUACAUGAUUAACUUGGCAAUGUCAGACUUGCUUUUUGUUUUUACUUUACCCUUCAGGAUUUUUUACUUUGCAACGCGGAAUUGGCCAUUUGGAGAUUUACUUUGUAAGAUUUCUGUGAUGCUAUUUUAUACCAACAUGUAUGGAAGCAUUCUGUUCUUAACCUGUAUUAGUGUAGAUCGAUUUCUGGCCAUUGUCUACCCAUUUAAGUCAAAGACUCUAAGAACCAAAAGAAAUGCAAAGAUUGUUUGCAUUGCCGUGUGGUUAACUGUAAUGGGAGGUAGUGCACCAGCAGUUUUUUUUCAGUCUACCCACUCUCUGGGUAACAGUAAUACCUCUUCAGAAGCCUGCUUUGAAAACUUCCCAGAUGCCACAUGGAAAACAUAUCUCUCAAGGAUUGUAAUUUUCAUCGAAGUAGUGGGAUUUUUUAUUCCCCUAAUUUUAAACGUAACUUGUUCUAGUAUGGUGCUAAGAACUUUAAAUAAACCUGUUACAUUAAGUAGAAGCAAAAUAAACAAAACUAAGGUUUUAAAAAUG